AUGAUAAAUAAAUUAGAAAUCAGAGAUGAAUCACUUGAGACCUGGAAGGCCUAUAAUUAUACACCUUCAAAGGCAGCAGCAGCAAUUUUCGUUGUGUUAUUUGGAUUGGCGACAAUUUUUCAAGUUUAUCAAAUUGUGAAGACAAUGGCUUCAAAAAAUUAUACUAGAAAAGAGAAGCGUGUGUUAUGGAUUAUGCUUCCUUUUGUAUUGGGUGGGGUUUUUGAAUUUGUUGGAUAUAUUGGAAGGGUCAUGUCAAGCUCCGACGUCACUUCCCUCGGACCAUACAUCAUCCAAUCAAUACUUUUAUUAGUUGCACCUGCAUUAUUUGCCGCUACGCUAUACAUGUCACUUGGAAGGCUAAUUGCACGUUUGGAAUGUCAUAGACUCUCAAUUAUCCCAUUGAAGUAUUUAACCAAGAUCUUUGUGGUCGGUGAUGUGGUGUCGUUCUUAAUGCAGGCUGGUGGUGGAGGAAUUAUGUCUUCGGGUGACCAAUCAUCCAUGAAGACCGGGGAACGCGUGAUUAUUGGUGGUUUGAUAGUUCAGAUAGUUUUCUUUGGGAUGUUCAUGGUCGUGGAAGUGAUCUUUCAUUAUAGAGUCCUUAAACACCCAAAUGAAUGUGCUAUGUUUAUCAGAAAUAUACCCUCACAAUUCAAUAAUUGGAAUUCUAUUUUGUUUACCCUUUUAGCAUGCUCAAUACUUAUAUUCAUAAGAUCUAUAUUCAGAUUGGUUGAAUAUAUUCAAGGAAAUGAUGGGUAUCUUAUUUCGCAUGAAGCAUUUCUUUAUGGUUUUGAUGCAGCGCUCAUGUUCUUGAAUAUGGUGAUCUUUAUUUCGCAAGAUAUUGGAAAAUAUUAUGUUUCAUUUAGAGAAUUUAAGUCUCUUAACGCUGGGAAUGAUAACUAUAGUGCUAACCCCACUGUUACUGACAAAGAGUCAAUCGAAGAAUCGAAUUUUAAAUAG